UUUUUUUUCAUUCCCUCAACUUAAAAAAUCUUUCUUUUCAUUUAUCAAUUCAUUAUUCCAAAUAUCCUCAAACUUUUUUUACCUCAAAAUUUAUUUGGUUUCCGUUCGUUUGAUGCCCUAUAGAAAUAUAUAAAUAUUUUACUUUUCUUGACAGUUGGUCUCUCCCUCUCCCUCUCUUUCUUCUUUUAAUCACCACAAUUUUUGUUUGGAUGUUUUAUUCCAUUUAUUUCUGUUCCUUUUCUUUUUUUAAUGAUUCGAAGAAUAUUUAAAAAAAAAACUUUAUCUGAAUGGCUUUAUUCCUUCUUUAUCUUUCUCUUCUCUUUUCUUCUCCUCUUUUUCUUUCCUUCAUUUUUGCCCAAUAAAUAUAUGUUGCCGGCUUUUCCCCCCAAAAAUUGCGUAGGCGAUCUAAAUCACUAA